AUGAUUGGCACAGGGCGUCGAAGCCUCCUGGUGCUCGCGCUGCUGGCCAUUGCUGCCGGCGCAAGCCCCGAGACGGAGCCCAACCCUUGCAUCGCGCUGGGCCUGGGCUUGCUCACCGCAUGCAAUUCGGAGGCGCGGUACCUCGUGCAGUGCUGCAACGCCACCAUCACCUUCCUGGAGCCGCCCACGGAGUGCAACUGCGACCCAGGCCUGCUGGACCUCAUCCCCACCGCGGGCGUGACCCUGAACGGUCUGGCCGGCAUGCUGGAGUUUGUGGGCGCGAGCUGCGGCUCGGAGCCGGUGCAGUGCACGUGA